CAACUACUGGUUAUACUGUGGCCUUACCACGGCGUAGUGCGGCGUAGGCAAGCGUAGGCUGGUAUAGGCUGUCAGCAAUAGAUAUUUUAUAAAUUUAUUUCGUAAAAUACAAAAUAAACAAUGUCUUAUUGCUGCAUUUGCAAAUCGCAUUCUGGCUCUCAUGCAGAUAUUACAUUCCAUACUAUACCACGGUCAGAAGAUUUGAGAGCAAAGUGGAUUGCUGUAAUCGGAAAAAAUGUUUCUAAUUACAGCAAAGUGUGCAGUGAUCAUUUUAAACCAAGUUUUUUCCAAUAUAAAAUCAAUAAGCUUAAUAACAUUCAAAGACAUUUAAUAAAAGGAGCAAUUCCUACAGCAGAAAAAUGCCAGGGUUUACACGAUACAAGGGAAUUGAAGUUGGUCAACGUAAAGUCAGAAUCUUGUGAAUCAGAACUAGUAAAUAUCUUAAAUAAUGAAAAUUCAGCAGUCCAACACCCUAGAGAAAUUAAAGAUGUUUUAUCUCCUGUGCCUCUAUAUAAUGCGGACAAUAGUCAGAACGAUUCAAUGUCAACAAGGGAAUUGAAGUUGGUCAACGUAAAGUCAGAAUCUUGUGAAUCAGAACAAUCAGAACUAGUAAAUAUCUUAAACAAUGAAAAUUCAGCAGUCCAACACCCUAGAGAAAUUAAAGAUGUUUUAUCUCCUGUGCCUCUAUAUAAUGCGGAUAAUAGUCAGAACGAUUCAAUGUCAACAAGAAAAAGAAAACUAUCUACAGACGUAGCCACCACAUGCAAUAAGGUACGAACUGUCAAAUUUAUUGGAGAUCUUUGCCCUGAAGAUUUUACUUCGCCCGAAUGCUAUAAUGUGGUUAAGAAAUAUCUGAAAACACACAAAACCCGAGUAAAUAGUCUCCAAAAGCAAGUUAGUCGACUAUCAAAGAAAGUCAAAAACCUUGAAGAUUUGCUUUCAGUUACACGAUAAGGGUAAUGCUGUCGAUGAUCUGAAGAUCUUUUGAAAUUGGCUAAACUGUACCAAGCAAAGAAUCUCACGUCGAACAAAUGAUAGUGACACAAAUAAAAUUAUUAAAAAGUGCAGUAUAGGCGACAGAGCUUGAAGUUAAAUGCAAAAGUAAUUCUGUUGAAGUUCGUGACAUUUGCUUUGAUUCCUAAUAGUAGAAUUCAUUAGAUGCAAUAUAUCUUUGAUAUAUUAACCUUUUUUUCUUUAUUCAUAUUAAUUUAUAUAGAUAUCAAAAUAGGUAUUCGCCGCGUAAUUUUUAGAAAGAACUCUGCUUGUAUCUAAAAAAAAAGCACAAACGGAAACUU